AUGCCUAUUGUCACAGCCGCCACCGGUCUUCGACAGACCCUCGUAGACCCCAAAUCUUGCAUUGUCGCCCCCGGAGUGUAUGACGGCCUGUCCGCUCGAAUUGCCCUCUCCGUAGGCUUUGAUGCUCUCUACAUGACCGGUGCCGGCACAGCCGCUUCCGUCCACGGCCAAGCGGACCUAGGCAUCUGCACGCUCAACGACAUGCGCGCCAACGCGGAGAUGCUCUCGAACCUCUCCCCCAAGACUCCCGUCAUUGCCGACGCCGACACGGGCUACGGCGGCCCCAUCAUGGUGGCGCGCACGACGGAGCAGUACUCGCGCUCGGGCGUCGCCGCCUUCCACAUCGAGGACCAAGUGCAGACGAAGCGCUGCGGCCACCUGGGCGGCAAGAUCCUCGUCGACCGAGACACCUACGUCACGCGGAUCCGAGCGGCCGUGCAGGCGCGUCAGCGCAUGGGCAGCGACAUCGUCGUGAUCGCGCGCACCGACGCCCUCCAGGUGCACGGGUACGAGGAAAGCAUGGCGCGACUGCGGGCGGCGCGCGACGCGGGCGCAGACGUGGGCUUCCUCGAGGGCAUCACGUCCAAGGAGAUGGCGCGCCAGGCGGUUCAAGAGCUGGCGCCUUGGCCGAUGCUCUUGAAUAUGGUCGAGCACGGCGCGACGCCGUCCAUCUCGGCGGCUGAGGCCAAGGAGAUUGGCUUCCGGAUGAUCAUCUUCCCCUUCGCGGCGCUGGGGCCGGCGUGCGAGGCGAUCCGCGAGGCCAUGCUGAAGCUGAAGCGAGAUGGGAUCCCGGGGUUGCAGCCGGAGAUGACGCCGCAGAUGCUGUUCCGGGUGUGCGGGCUAGACGAGAGCGUGCAAGUGGAUGCGGAUGCCGGAGGAGGGGCGUUUGAAGGAGGAGUUGAUCUGAAGUGA